AUGCCAGAGAUGGGCGACGUGUUGCCCAGCGCGUCGAGCGUUUUCUGGCUGGGGCUGCUCGCGCUCUGGCUUCUCUUUGCCCUCUGUCUCCUCCUCCUCCUACUACUACUCGCCUACCGCCCGCCCACAUUCGCGUGGCUCUGUCGCAACGGUCUGGCCGCCCUCCGCUGGGUUGGCCUCGGCGUGCUCCCGUUUUUCCGAUUCGCCGUCUCAGCGUCGUGGAGAUCCGCCUGCCUCGCUGCAGCCGUGCUCAAGGCGUGCGGCGUCACGUGGCCAUUUUCGCGCACGUUCGACGAAGUUUGCUUCUUUGCCGGCCGGAUGGUACUGCGGUACGCGAGGGCGUGGCUCGCCAUCUUCUGGACGCCGUAUCACUACGUCUUUAUGAGUGGCCUGCGCUCGCCUCAGCACUGGGAUGGGCACAGGUCUCAAGCGGGCAUCACCCUCACGCGCCAUGUCCGCUACUCCGCGGCGCACCGCGACGAGACGUUGGACGUCAUCCGGCCGGCGGCCCAGCCGGGCCCGACUCCACCGCCCUCGGCUCCGACGCCGAUCGUGUAUGUGCACGGCGGAGCCUUUGUCGCCGCGUCUUCUGAGCUUAUGCUCCACGGCACAUGCUUCCUCGGCCGAGCCGGCUUCACCGUCUUUUCUCUCGACUACCCGCUCUCGCCCGAGCACCGGCACCCAGUCGCGCUAGUCAGCGUUCUCCGCGGGCUUGCGUUUAUACGCGCGGCGUACGGGGUCGAAAGGUGCCUCCUUUUUGGCGACUCGGCCGGCGGGAACCUUGUGUCGAUGGCGGCAGCGAUGCUAAGCAACCGAGGCUUGCUCGAGGAGCUCGCACGGCGGACGGGGGAGCCGCUGCUCGAGUUCAAGUACCCGGCAGUCGAGAGGGUGGCGCUGCUGUACGGCUUUCUCGACUCUGAGGCCCCGCUUGAGGGCGCGUCAUGGGUUGUCUCCCUCGGCUUCCGCUUCGUCCUCGACUGCUACGCCCCGCGCGGCGUUGACUCGGACAUGCCCUACACGUUCCUGGCGUUGCGCGACGGCAUCGCCACCUUCCCGCCCACGCUCCUGCUGGCGGGCGAGGCGGACCCGAUCUUCCCCUCAACGCUCCGAGCGCGCGACAUGCUCGCUUCCAAGGGCGUCGAUGUCAUGUACCGCGCCUACCCAAGCACGCACGCCUUUUUGGGCUUUCCUCGCUCGUGGCCUCUGCCGAGCGAGUUCCAGCAGUCCUCCGCCGACGCGAUGGCCGCCAUCCUUGCCUUCGUGCGCGGCGAGCCGCUGAGCGACAAGCUCGCCCCGAUCCCGGCGGUGCCUCUCCUCGACCGCUUCCUCGGGGUGUGGGAGGCGUCGCUCCUCGUCGGCCUCGCCCCCCUUUUGCUGCUUCUGGUGAGCGGCCCCUUGUUCCCGCUCACCUUGGUCCUGUGCUGCUUCCUCCUAGUACUGGUGGGGCCUGUCGGCGGCAACCUCCUUUUUCGACAGAUGCACGGCAAGUUCCCCGAGCAUUGGUGA